AUGUCAGUCGAUGCUUCAAUUCGCCAUAUCUUUGGGUAUGAUGGAAGCGCAAAAAAUUCGCCUUCUUUGCAACUUGUUGACGAAAGCACAAUCGUGUAUGUGAGUGGCUAUACGAUGCAUUUCACGUGCACACCAACUGGUCGUCAGCAUUUUUUAUUACGUUCUCAGCCUCGCAAACUUGUCACAUUCGACUGUAAUUGGACCACGUCGACGUUUGCGAUCGCCACUCGGGAACCCCAUGCGCCUAUUUCAUUGUAUUCGUAUCCAGAGAAAAAACUAAUUAGCCAACUCAGAAGUAACGACGCUCAAGUCUUUGAACACUCUUUGAUUAAAUUUUCGCACUGUGGUCAUCGACUUUUGAGUAUACAACCUGCUCCGCCAAUCGUUGGUGCAACGCAGAAUUCGACACUUUGUGUUUGGGACAUUGAGACACUGUCACCAAUAAACGGGUGUGAACAUGCCAGUAUUGGUGGAUCCCCACGAUUCGCUUCUUUCGACCCAGCAAACAAUAAUCAGUUUGUCGUUGGGGGUAAUGACGGACUUGAGAUCUGGAAAGUGUACGCCGGAAAAACGACAGCGUCCAGUUUGUUGCGACCGCGAAAGGUGGCACUUUUUGAUUUUCCAACUGAAGUCAUCGAACCUUUAUCGGAUGUCGAUAUGGAUGAGAAACACACGCAAUUUUUAUGUCAUGCAUGGAUCCCAAAUAGUCAAUUGCUGGUUGCCGACAACGCCGGUAAUUUGCUACUUGUGGAUGCGACCAAAGUGAGAGUCGUGCAUGUUGUAAAGACGGCUACUCGACCGGAUCAGUGCUGUAUUGUAGGUAUCGUCGUUACAAUGGAAACAGCCGUUGUCGUCUACACUGAUGGGGCAGUUGCAUGGCUUCAGAUGCACAGCUGGGAGCUGGUGUACACUGAAAUGAUCACGUGUGGAGCCUUAGUGACGGCGAUAGCCCCGACGCCCUCGUAUGCUAAGGCCUACAUAGGCACACAGAAUGGAAAAAUCUUUGAAAUUCGUACGAACGUUUUGCAAGACAAUGAGGACGAUUCCGAGAUUGAAGAGGAUGGAACCACACAAGAAUCUGCAAGAAGCCAAUCGAAACGUGGUUCGGAUAACUCUGCUUUCAUCGCUCUAUAUGCUAGCUUUCCGACAGGUCCAGUCUGUGAUAGCACUGUUGUCACUCCGUUUGGAGGCACAUUUUCGACUGAUGCAUUAAUCGCGACUGGUGGUAUAAACGGACGCCUCACGCUUUGGAACCUUCAAAGCUGUCAGCAAGCUGCCGAAGUCGACGUUGCCGAACUGUUUGCUCAAGUCCUAAGUACAAGUGAAGGAUCAGCUUCUUCACCAGAAGCAGCCUCAACGGAUAUUAUUCGCUCACAUAUUCCUUCUGUAAUGAUCACUGCGCUAGCUUCUCGUCCAGCAAAUCCCAUUGCUGUUGUAGGAGAUCAUCAAGGGAGAUUGCGAUUCCUUUGUAUCGCGAAAAUUGUAGACGGCGUUGAAGUUCUUCCGCAACAUUCGAUACAAGCGCUGCCUCCUGAUGCGCCACUUGAUAUUGUAGUACUGCACCCUACAUAUUCUGUGCUGCUAGUAGCUUCAACACAUAGCGGACAAGUGUUGUUACUGUCUAUGGACCACGAAAAGCGAUUUCCAGUACUGGCUUUCUUCACUUUCGAAAACCCAGAUGAACGUGUCGUAGAUAUCCAGUGGAAUUGUUCCGUUGGUAGUUCACUUACACUAACGUGUUUUUCAUCUCGUGGACUUUUCUACAGUACACGGUUCGAGUCUCAUUCUGAGGAAGAGCGCUCGGUGGGCAGUACAUCAUCUGGUCAUGGAGACGUCUCUCUUCGAGAAGCCAUACAGCUUUAUCCCAACGUUGUCGCAUCCGGUCAAGGGAUCGUAUCAAUGAGUACCCGAUUACGAAUUCUAGCUGGUUCGUCAAGUAGUAUGAUGAUUGCAGCCUCGCCGCAUCAUACAGAUCUUAUCUUGUUAAAGUAUCGCGAUGUAUCACGUGAUUCUACGAGCAACAUGAGCAUUCUUUCCAAAGUUUUGAUCAGACAAGCUCAUAGUGAUGGCAUUUCAGCUCUCGCUCAUUUUCCUCGUGUGCUAGAAAACGAUGUCGAGCUUCUUGUGACGGGUGGAAUGGAUGGCUCACUUACAUUUUGGACACUUUACAAAGCAAAUGGCCGAAGGUCUACUGAAUCAGCGGCUGACACUUUUGAUGAAUUAGAAGCAUUGCAAGCGAUAAAGAAGCGUACGCUGAUGACUCACUAUGGUCCGAUGACAACUUUGCAAUUUGUUUUCACAAAUGAAAACAUAUCGUCUGAAAGGAAUGAUUUCACGAAGAUCCAAUUAAUUUCCACAGGAAUCGAUGGCUGUGUUUUCCUCUUCGAUGUUUCCCUAUCAGCUGAUUUGUUCAAUGGGUCUGUAAAUCUCAUUGAAGCAAAGAGUGCAGACCCUCCACUUCUCAUGAAAGUCUUAGAGGCUACAUACCAGCCGGAAUUGGAGCAAGAUCGAACGCCUUUCAUUGAGGCUUUCAUCCGCUCUAAGACGAUAACCGACCAAGAUAUAUCCGAUCCUAGCAAAGAGCGCACACGUCUUAAGCUACGAGAACUUGAAGAACAACUCGAGGGUAUACUGGCCAAAAACGAACAGCUUCCGGAGAACGAAAAGCUCUCGGGAGACGAAUUUGUCCUUAACGUCGCGUGGCGUGACAGCUUGUUGAGCCAACAUGCAGCAAGAGCAGAGCGAAUACGAGAGGAGAUCACACGUGAUGUUGCACGGAUGGCCAUCAUUCGGGAACGGAUGAAGCGAGAGUUUUGGGACGAGGCUGAAGUUCCCGGCAUCCGCCUCAACGCUCUCUCACCCUCAUCAGUGCAGCAAUAUUCACAGUCAAAUGGACAUUCCGCAUCAUUUUUCGUCAACAACUUCCCCUUGCGUCGAAAGUCUUUAAGUGAGCAAAAAACUGCUAAACAAAUUGCUACGCUUCGAAUGGUUGAAUUAGCUCAUCAGAAUGAUGAGGAUCCUGAGUGUCAAACGUCCAAACGAUUCCAGGCUACCGUUCCAAGUGAUCUACAGUGGGUUUUAAACGCUGUUGCAUUGCGCCCAAAAGUCCAGCUUGGCACCAAUGUAACGGAAAAGACUCAAGAGUACUUAAGCUGGCCAAGCUUCAACUUCAUCUACCAUCCUGUCACCGUACGUACCAGAAAGCAGGCUCAAGUGCAAAUGCACCUGGUUCGUUGCUAUGCUCGUGAGCUUCAGCGCGCGUAUAAUUUGGAAUUUUCAGAUCUUGUACGUCUAAAGGAGACAAUACUUGAGCAGAUAGAGACAAAAAACGAUAGGAUCGUGCAGAUACUCACCGAGUUGAAAGUCAAUGUAGAUGCUGGAGACUUAUAUCAGCCACAGUGGGGACCCGAAGAGACAGCAGAAUCCAUUUUAAGUGUGAUGUCUGGGGAAAUGAACCAAAGCAAAUACGAACCUCCCGAAUGUCGCAAUCAGCGUAAACAUGAGGCGCACGAUACCACUGAGCGAAAGAUGAGUCGAGGACACGACAAUGAUGGUGAACGUGCGCUUAUCGAUAUGAUGGAUGGUACUCUAGAAAUUCGAAAGGAUCCACUCGCAGCGCAAGAGCUAGUCAAGGAAUCUUGGAUGUUGACAAUUCCACCGGAUGAGAUGACAGUCGAACAGAAGAAGCUUGUGCUUCAAUUUGAAGCUGCUAAGGCUAAAUUCGAGGACGAUCGCGAAAAAUACCGUAAGAGUCUCGAUUUGGAACUGCGUAAGACUCGGGUAGACGUGAUGGAGCUUUGUCGAACGUUCGACGGAAAGUUACGUGCACUGCACGACCGCUACAUGGCAACACAGGGCGCUGUACUCGCCCAGGAAUUGUACGAGCUCCAACUCGGUGAAGAGAUUCGACGACGUGAAGAAUUAAAGCUUGUGUUGAGGAAUCAUGAUGACGAGGCACGAGACCUGCAAGAGGCAGAAGCACAAGCUCGAUCUAAGUGUGACCAGUUUGCCACGCAGCUUGAAAUUUGUCGUGAUGACUUACAUCGUGCAUCGGAAGAGGAUAAACUUCUUGAGAAAAAUUUUGUACGUGAUCUCGAAGAAAUGGUACAAAAUAGCGGUAGCACAGGGAAAGCGAGUGCGAGUCAGCUCGACUCCCCAGAUUUCAUGAAACACUUGGUCGAGCUUUAUCGCAAGCGAAAGCCGAAUGACCUUGUAGCAGUCGCGUUUGACCUAGAUGCCAAGAAGCAAACAACGUCUAUGACUCGAGUGAAAGGUAGCGCGAAGCAACGUUUACUAGCCGAAAGUCUUCAUGGAGAAGGAGGGUCUUUGAGCAAUUUACCGAGCAAGACAUCUGGUGUAACCGACUCCAUGGUUGCGCAUGCCAGCCGUGGCCCGCUUCAGUACGUUAGCACCCUCCAAAGUGGCUCGUUGAGACGCGAAAGAUCUGAUUCCAGAAGCCAGCCACUCGUUGUGGCGCCUCUAGAUUAUGCCACUGAUCGUCCUGCUGGAGUUCUAAUCGAAGAUCGUUUUUGGCGAGCUCUAAACUCAUUGCGUGCCAAGAAAAUUAUCGCCGAACAUGCCGUUCAGGAACAAUCAGAAAUGCUGGCGUUAGCAAAGACCAUAAAUGAUGAGCUACGCUCGCAUUUAUUAGAAUUACAGCAGCGACGUAAAAAUCAACAGCAAGAGCUGGAAUCUUCAAGUCGACAAUACACGGCGCUGACAGAGAGUGCCCCUCUGCUUGUGCGCAUAAAACAGGGGCAAGAUGAAUGUCAAGUCAAAACCACCAGAGACGACGCUUUGUUGGUUAGCCGCAUGAGCGUCGAAGCUUUAAAUGAGGAGAUUCAGAUGCACGGAAACGACCAAGUCAGCAUUCUUGGUCGUAUUAAGGAUUUUCGGAAGAGUAUUAAUGUUAUGGAAUGGGAACAUGCGUUGCUAGAGCUCCAAACGCGUGAUAUGGAUGAACAAUAUACGGAUAUUCAACUCCUACGCGUCACGAAAGAGUUGCAAGAGCUCCUUCAUAGUGGAGAUACUUCACAUAAGCAGAAGCGCCAAGUUGCGAUGCUUGAAGCAAAGUUAACGCACUUGAGUCGUAAUCAUGAGACUACAGUGCUUAAACUCGAGAAGACUGGUUCCCAAUAUGAGCGUCAAUUGCGAGAACGGGAGCGAGAAAACGACAAGUUGGAGCAACAAGUGACUCAAUUAACGACGCAAGUGAAGAUUCGAGAAGAUAUCUUAACAAGUCGAACCAGUGCAGCCAAACGCCAGCAAGCAGCUGGUGGGGGUGCUCGGAAGGACGCUACAAGACUCAAGGCCAUUGCUGUGAGACGCAAAUUAGUUGAUUUAGCAAAAGCACAGACAAACGAGAUUGAAUAUCUGCGGUCGGAGCUUGACAAAAUGAGACGCCGCACGUUUCCAAGUUUUGCGCAGACUCAUAUUCGGGAAUACAACGGUGUCGACUAA